UAUUCCAAAAAAUCAAAAAUUAACUAUCGAAAAAUUUCCAAUCUCGGUACCGUUUUAAUAUACAUAUUUACCCCGCCGAUCGCCUGCCCAUAUUAUAUGCAAUUAUUACCAAAACUACAACAACAACUACUAGUCGUCGGCUCUCCACCACCCUCCAUUUAAUGCAAAUUUGCCUUUUCCGCGUGUUUUUCUUUUAAUCGAAGUGGAGGAGGAGGAGGAGGAAAAGUCAUGAAAGCAUGUGGUCCGGUCGAUUCUGCCCAUUCUGCGUAUUAACUUAAACAUUUAGUGAAAAUUGGUUUAAUAAUAGCCAAGAACAAGAACACAACUAGAGAAGUACAGCAACAACAACAACAACAAUAACAGCGGCAGCCAUCAGCAGCGGGAGCAUACAACAUACGUAUAGAAGAUAUACUCUUGGGGAAGCAGUUUUAUCUACGCAUUGCAGAAACAGAAAAAAAAAACCAAAAAAACAACGUGUCGGCGGAACGGAACCGAGCCGAGCCGCGAACCGGGCGUGUGUGUUUGUUAUUUGUGUGUUUGUUGUUAUUGCUUAGACAAAUUGCGUUUUGGCUAAAAAAGCGAAUACACCACACAACACACUCACUCACUCACACGCACACAUAGGCAAAUACAGAGCAAACAUGUUGGACGGUCAGAAUGAGCUGACGCGCUAUAGCAGCGAGGAUGUGUCGGGUAAUGAGUCAAGUGAAGCGCCCAACAUGACCGAAGUGGAACGCCAGGCGGAGCUUAAUCGGCACAAGGAAGAGAUGCAGAAGAAGCGACGCAAGAAACGUAUAAGCUCCUCGUUGCAUUCCUCAACGUUUCAGGAACUGUAUAAGCUCACUGGCGAAAUACUUGGCGAGGGAGCAUACGCUUCGGUUCAAACUUGCGUUAACAUUUACACCGAUCUGGAAUAUGCUGUGAAGGUUAUCGAUAAGAUACCGGGACAUGCGCGUGCGCGUGUCUUUCGGGAAGUGGAGACAUUCCAUCACUGUCAGGGACAUCCGGGCAUCUUGCAAUUAAUCGAAUUCUUCGAGGAUGAUGAGAAAUUCUAUUUGGUGUUUGAGAAAAUCAAUGGAGGACCACUAUUGACCCGCAUCCAGGAGCAUAUUUGUUUCUCCGAGCAUGAGGCGGCGCAGAUUAUUAAGGAAAUUGCCUCCGGAUUGGAUUUCCUGCAUAAGAAGGGCAUUGCUCAUCGUGAUCUCAAGCCGGAGAAUAUAUUAUGUGUGAAAACGGACUCUCUGUGUCCGAUUAAAAUUUGUGAUUUUGAUUUGGGUUCGGGUAUUAAGUUCACCACGGAUAUCUCGUCGCCAGCAGCCACGCCCCAAUUAUUAACACCAGUGGGCAGUGCCGAGUUUAUGGCUCCCGAAGUAGUCGAUUUAUUUGUAGGUGAAGCCAACUAUUAUGAUAAGCGUUGCGAUUUAUGGUCUCUGGGUGUUAUUGCCUAUAUUCUGCUUUGUGGUUAUCCACCAUUUUCGGGCAACUGUGGCGAAGAUUGCGGCUGGAAUCGCGGUGAGAAUUGUCGCACCUGCCAGGAGUUGCUCUUUGAGUCCAUUCAAGAGGGACGUUUUUCAUUUCCGGAAGCGGAAUGGCAUGAUGUUAGCGAUGAGGCCAAAGAUUUGAUAUGCCGUCUGCUGGUCAAGCAGGCAUCGACUCGUCUCAGUGCCGAGGCUGUUUUGAAGCAUAAAUGGAUAAUUAUGUGCGAAAAAGAUCAGGCAGCCGGACGCCAAAAGGUCCUACGUACCCCUGGCAACAUACGCCGCAAUCAUCAAUCGGCCAGGGAAAUUUCACAGUUUGCCGAAUCCGCCAUGGCGGUGGAUCGUGUAAUUUUACAGCACUUUUCUUUGCAUUAUGAUUACAUGAAGGAGCGUCCGAAUAUCUAUCAGCCAUCGCAGGCCUACAUGGACGCGUAUAGUGAUGAGAACUAUAAUCCCAAGCCGCCGGCUCAGUACACGCGUAAUCGAUCCAACCAGCUGAGACAUCCAGCAGGAGCAUCUGCUCAUUACUCCUCCUCGGCGACAUAUGGAGGACGUUUGUCAGCCGCACAGCAAAAUCAUCGGCACAGCAAUCCGGUUAGUCGUCAUUCCUCUAAGAAUGCCUCACGAAAUGGCUCAUCGGCCAUAUAUCCGAUCAGUGGUGGAUUCAAGACUCUUAAUAUCCAUGAGGAGGAUGAUGAUGAUGAGGCUUUGGAGGCAUUUGGCCGUUUGGAUGAUGAUGAUGAUGAGUGGGCACAGACAACGCGACGAUUUGAACAGGAACGAGAGCAGCAGCUGCAAAGAAGGCACAGCAUUAGCGAAGAGGAUGAGGAGGAGGAUGAGCAUGAGCAGCAGCUUGAGGUGGAUGAGGCAUAUGAAGAGGAGGGGGAGAGAAAGGACUAUCAGCACCAAAAGCAUUAUUGGCGUGAGCUAGAUAAGGAUGAAGGCGAUGAUUAUUUAUAUGAGCAACAACAGCAGCGUGUUGAUGACAUUGCCGAAGAAGAUGAGGAGGAUGAGAGGGAGGAGGAGGAGAAGAAGAAUGAGAAGUCUCAUUUUGAUCAUUAUGAAGAUUAUGAUGAUGUGUAUGAGAAAGAAGAUCUUAUUAUUGAUAAUAUGAAUAAAUCGAAGCAAAACGAAUUUGCUAAAAUAAUAACAACAACAACAAUUGUGCGCAAAGAUGCGCAUGAGGAGGAUGAAGAGAAGCAAGAGCAAGAUAAUGUUGAUGGAGCCAUUGAGCAGAGACCAUCAUCAAGUGAUAUUAGUGCUACUACAAUCACCAACAACAACAACAACACCAAGCCAACACCAGUUACAACUACAACACACACCAACAACAUCAGCAGCAACAGUAGCAGCAGCAGCAACAACGUAAAGAACAGCAGCAGCGAUUAUAAUAACGAUAACGAUAACGAUGAUGACAAGGAUAACGAUAAUGAUGAUGAUGAUGAUGAUAAUGAUACAGAUGUUAAACUAUUGGAUAGUAUUAGUGAUUUAAAUGAAAAGCUACCUGAAAUUUAUGAGACUGCAAAUAUUGUUGUCAACUCAGCGGCGGCAGUGCAACCAGCAGCAGCAACAACAACAGCAGCAGCGACAGCAGCAGCAUCAGCACCAGCAACAUGCCCACCAACCGAUAACGAUAACAAACAAAAUGAUAAUAUGAAAGCGCCAACGAUGACUACUGCAGCUGAGAAGACAACAAUGCGAACGACUUUUGGCAAACAACAGCAGCAACAGCAACAGCAACAAAAGCAGCAGCAGGAUAACUGCAGCAACAACAAGACCCAGCGCAAUGUUUACUUCCCCUUAAAUGCAUAUCAAAACGACGAUGAUGCCGACAUUGAUGAGGAGGAAGAGUAUGAGGAAGACGAUGACUAUGAUGAUGAUGAAGAAGAGGAGGAGGAGGAAGAGGGCGGUGGUAAAGCUAUACCCGUAUUCAAGCAACCAUUGCCAGCCAUUUGUAAUGCUUACACACGCAAACAGCGUCAACGGCAACAACAACGCUAUAUUGUGCCACAAAAUGGAAUGAUGGGACAGCGACAGACCGAAAAUUGGCGGUAUCGUAGCCACCAUUCGGAGCAACAGCAACCAACCGACGGAUAUCGCAAGUAUCGUCCACCAUUCAAUACUGGAGGAGGCGGUGGCCAUCAUGGCAAUCAGCAGCGCAACUAUUUGGGAAGCUUCUCCCACAGUGGCGGUGCAGCUGGCUAUAAGGUAACACUACCACCACCAGCAGCACUAAAAGUUGCCCCAGCACCAGUGCUGAUGCCGCCACCAGCACCGCCAAGGCGUCACAAUAGUGCCGGAAGCAGCAGCAGUGGCAGUGGCGGAUCACCGCCCUCUGAUGAGCAGUCCACCGCCACAGAGAUACGUAAUUGGCGGCAGGAUUGUGUCGUUCCACCCAUGCGCAAUCAACAACAACAUCAGCAGCAGCAGCAGCAACUUUACUCCAAACGUUCGUAUCAGCAACAACAGCCAAGAAUUGGCAGUGGACGAUUCAUGCACUCGACGGUUGCCCAACAGAUGUUGAUUGAGGAGCCGCGCAUCGGUUUAUCGCCACCAAGCGAGAGUUUGCUACUGCAGCGUCGAAUGCGUCAACAGCAGCGUCAUCCAGGUGGUGUCGGCAACGAUCUGAACGAAUAUUGUGAGCCGGCAACAGCAAGUGGCUAAGCAGGCGACAACGACGACGAUAAUAUAAACAUUGCGCCCUUCUCAUUUCCCGUCUCCUCCCAUACAACAUUGUGCAACAGUUUAUUUGUUUUUUUUUGUUUACUAAAUCCGUUUAACCAGAUUACUUUAAAUUCCGUGGCAAAAGAAAGAAAAUGACGGACAAACAAAAAAAAAAAGAAAUCUGUUUUUCCUUUUGUAAUUUCAAUUGAAUUUACCUAAAACGUAAACGUCUUUUCUGCAACAUCCAAAAAUCCAAUCGAAACCAAACAGUCGUUCGAUAAAACAACAACAACAACUACAAAAAAAUAAUAAACUUUUUUUAUAAAAAAGAA